AUGAUGCAAACAAUCCUCUCGCCUAUGGACGUUUGGCCCGGCGGAAUCCCAGCUGCCGUAAGACUACACCCCGACAGCGUUUCGGAUAAGGAUGGCCUACAAGAAGAAAUUAAAGGAUGGUGCCGGUACUUGAAGGAAUUCCGAAUUCCCAAUUCUGACCCAGCAGAGGAUAUGACCCAACGACGAGCUUUGAUAGAAAGAUGGGCAUCUGCAGAUCAAAGCUUUCGUGAUUCAUAUCAUUCAAAUGCUCCCCUGCCGAACUUGAUUGGUUUCAACGGCCCACGCAUGUCCAAACGCUUCAUCUGCCUUGUCGACAAGCCUUUUGAUCAUGAAAACUACCCCCGCAUAACCAAGUUGUUGAUUCUCCUCUAUAUCCAUCUUCAGCUGACGAGUGGCCACCCGUUUAGCUUUGAUCGUGGUCCUAUCCCACAGGUCCCAGCAUUCAUGCUGGACCCUAAUACUAUCACAGCAUCUGCCGAUGACCAGUAUGCCCAGCUCCUAACAACAGAGAAUAUACCCGUGAACUAUUACCUUGAAACCGCCCAAUUUUCCACAAUGGCCAUGACUCGCUCAGGGACUGUCGUCUUUCCACGUCUUGAUGAGCAUGUAUACUUUGUGAUUGAUAAUCAGAGCUGUCAGGACGGGCGCCUCCGCCUACUCAUCUUCGGACCCAAUGGACAAAUCAUCAACCAGGCGCGAAUGACCCCGUUCACAAUAGGCCCUCUCACGCUGCUCCGUCAUGCACUAGGCCAUUCCUGGGAUGAGCUUUUUGAGGAGAGACCAGACAUGGAUCCGCGCUGGAACCAACCCAUCGAUAUCCAUCUACCAAUCCUGGAAAUUGUGGCGGGGUUGAGCCAGCGUGGGGACUUGGCGCCCCUGAACGACUACACUGCAGCUGAGUGGGCCGAGGAGUUUGAGCGGUUCGCGCCGGGCUACCUAGCCUUUGAGCGCCAGGGCCGGGUGAUUGAGUACAGCUGGGAUCGGCUAGUGGAUGUGUCAGACGGCCCAUUUUUAACGUAUGGCCAUCUUCGCUAUGCCCGACAGCUAGCCACAUUACAGGGGCGAGGUUAG